GGACUUUCUAUGGAGUAUAUUUUUUUGAACAUUCGAACGAUCCCGUGCCGAAAUUUCAGGCCGGUUCGCUCGCAGGAAAAUGGCGGCGCGAUAACCUGUGUUUUGAAACGUAACGUUGGACGUGAUUGUAAUCAGAAACACGUCGAAGAUGGAUAUUUCAAGUAUGCUUGAAGUGCAAGUGAAUGAAGUAAAGGAGGUGGACAGCAAAGAAAAUGUAACUCCUAAGGAACCACUUCCAAGUACGACAAAUGUUCCAUUACCAAUUUCUCAAGAAGAAUAUAGCUUCUAUAAGCUUAUGUUUGGCAACGAUGUCUCAAAAGUACGAUUUCAAAGACUACAUUGUACAGCAUGUGAUACACAUAUUGGAUCUGCACCAGCAGAUGCGCAUAACAUGUUUGAACAUCCUACAUUACGUACAUUGUUAUGUGCAAAAUGCAGAGAGUUUUAUGGAGAUGGCACCUUUGAACAAGGUGAUGACGCAACAGAUAUGUUUUGUAGAUGGUGUGCAAAUGGUGGCAAUUUAUAUUGUUGUUCUUUCUGUAGUAACACAUUUUGUUACAAAUGCAUCAAAAGAAACUUUGAUCCUGUAUUGAGAAAAAAGAUUGAAGCAGAUGAAAGAUGGAAAUGUUUUGUCUGUGAUCCCACAGACUUGUAUAGUGCAAGAGGAACUUGUUGGGCUUUGCUCCAACAUAUUCAAACAAUGAACAGAUUAUUUCAAAAUACUUGUAAGCUAUCCCAAGAAGAAAUAGAUGAAAAAAUGAACACUGAUGAAUCAAAGUGUUGCCCACGCAGAAGGAAACGAAAGCGCCGAAGAAAUGGUUCAAAUUCAGAAGAAGAUGAUGAGACUUAUAUACCCAAACAAAUAACACCAAAUGUUAUUUCUAAACGUAGAAAAAGAGGUCGUGGAAAGACAAAAUUCUCUAAUGGUAGCAAUAUGUCCAUGUCUGAUAAAUUUAAUAGCGGAAUGUCAGAAGACUCUUCUGUGGAUCACAGUGAAAUAUUACCAUCUUUGCUUUCAUGUGAACAGACGAUGGUUGAAUGUGAAAAUGCUACUGUUAGUGGAGAUGGUACGAUUAUUUCACAACCUCAGGUAAAUCCAGGACAUCAUAGGAUGAAUUCUUCUAUUACUCAGCAAUCAACAAUGUAUAACACAUCUGUUGUGAAUGUCGUUGCAAACUCUAACUUUUUGCAAUCUACACCCACUAUUGUACCCCUUCGUCAUAUACCUAACUCACUAAAACAGGCAAAUCAAGUGAACUUAUAUCAGACACUACAUUCUGCAUCAACGCCGAUGGUCGCUAUACCUAAUCAGAAUGUCAAGAUAUUAGAUCGAUCACGUUUUUCUUUGAGCGAGUCGCAGAAGUCACGUAAAAGUACGAACCUGAACGUCAUAGAAAUUGAAAGCGAUCCGGAAGAUUUAGCAGUUGUCGGUCCGUCACGACUUCAACGUCCUCUUAAAAAAUAUUAUAAUACCCAUAAAGCUGUACCUGUUGCUCUUGUAAGUUCGAAGAAUAACUAUAAUAAUGCAAAGAGACAAGAGAUACAAGAGAGGCGCAACGCGAAAACAUUGAACCAAAGGUUGCUUCCUCAUGGUAAAGAGAUUAAUAGUAUUUUAGUGAAUCUAAAGAUGAAAUUCCAGGGUUUAUUCGACACGACCAAACGAGAAGAACUUAAGAAAUACGAGCUGAAUGAUGCUCGUAAUUUAAUUAAACAGUUUCAUUGCGAAAUACGUGACACUGUGACUCAGUUAGCUUGUAUUAAUGAUAGAAUAGUACGUGAAUACAAUAGAUGGAAGAGAUAUCAGGCAAAAGUGAGAGUUUCUCUAUCUUUAAAUACAGAUAAUACUCGUAAGAAGAUACAAUGCAAAGAGAUACCUCUCGAUAUGACUUGCAUUAAUGAAUCCGAUACAGAAUCCAAUAUUGGUAACGAAAUAGAAUACAGUAUUAUGGACCCAUCCGAACUGGUUGGUACUACGAAUGCAGUUGAUGGAAUAAAUUUCUUCAAAAAGAGAAGUACCAUAGAACGUGGUGUGGGUGAUCAUCCGGCAUUGUUGGUAGAUAAAUCGGUACAGAUAAAUACCAUGGAAUUACAAGAUUACGAUAGGUGUAUAAGGCAUUCUACAUUAAAGAAGGUGAAUCAACAAUCAGAUAAAAAGAAUGAUACGCCUAUUAAACAGGCCAAUAAGCAAUCUGCAAAUUACGAAGAACAUUUUAUUCAAUUCUUACAAAAGCAAAAUUUGAAGUCUCGAAGUAUGCAAGCUGAAAAUUUAAAAGAGUUACCUGAUCCAAACGAGACGUCACUGAAGGAUUUAAUAGAGGCUAAUUCACCCUUCAUUUCCGAAAUGUUAGAAACUAUGGAUAAAUCGGCAGCUUCAAGUAGUAAUAGUAACUUGAGUAUUUCUGUUAAGAGGGAAAGCGAUUUGAGAUGCUAUGAACCACGACGAAAAAACUCAAUUACUUGCAAAGCUGUUAAUGAUCUUGUAAAGAUGGUUAGCAAUAUAAACGAUGACUUAGAAAAAAAGACUGUCGCAAAUGAAUCCAUUGGUAAUGAUUUGCAAAAACAAUCUGAAAUACAAAAAAGACAUUUUUCUACUGCUAAUAAAGUUUGUGUGAUAAAUGUGUCAAAAAAUAAUGAACAGAAUUCAAGCAAAACUAUUGCCAUAGAAUUUGAAAGCAACAAUGAAGAUGACUGUACUAUUAUCGACAAUUAA